CCUCAAGGAACGUCCUAUGGGUGAUCGAGGGGACCUCCUGUGACCUGCCCUGGCAAGCUGCCCUCUUCAAAGGAGACAGGUUCAUCUGUGGUGGGACGCUGGUGGACAAGAACUGGGUGCUGACGGCCGCCCAUUGCCACGUCCCAGGCUUCAUCAACGUGCGGUUGGGUGGCCGGAGGCACAAGGACUCCGGUGGCACCGAGCAGAGGAGACAUUCAGCCAUGGUCUUCAAGUACCCAUGGUACAACGAGACCAACAAGGACGGUGACCUGAUGCUCAUCAAGUUCCACCUCCCCAUCCACAUCAACAAGCAGGUGAAGCCCUUGCCAUUGGCUUCCCAUUGUCCAGUGCCUGGCAAGACCUGUCAGAUCUCAGGAUGGGGGUCCACCACCAGCCCUAGGCGACCCGCCUUCAACUUCCCAGAGGACCUCCAUUGCACCAAGGUGACCAUCAUCUCAGAGGACCAAUGCCGGCACAUCUACCCCGACUCCAUCACCCCCAACAUGGUUUGUGCUGGUGAAUCCCAGAGCCGGGCCGACUCCUGCCAGGGUGACUCCGGGGGACCUCUCAUGUGUGAUGGGCGUCUCCAAGGGAUCGUCUCUUGGGGUCCUGGUGUGUGUGGAGACCCCAAGAAACCCGGAGUCUACGUCAACCUCUGCAAGUACACGCGGUGGCUUCAGGAGACCAUGAGAAGGAACUGA